CCUGCUUCUACACGUACACACUCAAACACAACUUUAUGGCUUGACAGUGAUUUCCCUGCACAUGUGUGAAGGAGCGUCUUCAGUUACUCGCCCUGCGUCUGCACACACACACACACACACACACACACACACACACACACACACAUAUUAGUUUGAAAAGUUAUUUUGGGUCCAGUUAGGACUACUGUCACCCUGUGCACACUGCGGGGGAAAUAAGAGGAGGAGUCAAGAUUUCAGCCAGCAGUUCCGUCCCUGUAAUACGUUCUCUCAAAACAACAGCUUUCCUCUCGCUUUGCCUGCUGCUGCAUUGGGUGAAAAUUUCAAAACAAAGAUGAACAACAGUCCUUUGCGGGUGCUGACUGUCCCUACAUCCCCUUACGCUGACCAGAGACCCGGUACCAACGGUCUGAGAAGAAAGGUCCAUGUCUUCCAGUCCAGGAGGAACUAUCUGCACAACUUCAUCCAGAGUAUCUUCUCCUCCAUUGACCUCCGUGACCGUCAGGGUUCCACAGUGGUGGUGGGGGGAGAUGGACGCUUCUUUAACCAAACAGCUAUUGAGGUCAUUGUGCAGAUGGCAGCUGCCAAUGGGGUGGGCCGUCUCAUUGUUGGUCACCAUGGAUUAAUGUCCACGCCGGCUUGCUCCUGCGUGAUCAGGAAAUUCAAAGCCAUUGGUGGCAUCAUCCUCACUGCCAGUCACAAUCCUGCAGGGCCGGACGGAGAUUUGGGCAUCAAGUUCAACACUGCAAAUGGAGGUCCAGCCAAUGACGCCGUCACAAACAAGAUCUAUCAAAUCAGCAGAACUAUUGAGGAGUUUGCCAUCUGCCCCGGGCUCAGACUGGAUCUCACAACCGUGGGCAAACAGACAUUUGAUCUGGAGAACAAGUUCAAACCCUUUAUAGUUGAAAUUGUGGAUGCUGUGGAGUCCUAUGCUAACUUGAUGAGGAACAUCUUUGAUUUUGCUGCCCUGAAGGAGCUCCUAUCUGGUGAGAACCACAUCACGAUAAGACUGGAUGCCAUGCAUGGAGUGGUAGGUCCGUAUGUGAAGAGAAUUCUGUGUGAAGAGUUGGGCUGCCCUGCCAACUCUGCUGUGAACUGUGUCCCAAUGGAGGACUUUGGAGGUCAACGUCCCGAUCCUAGCCUCAUCUACGCGGCAGACCUGGUUGACAGCAUGAGGGAUGGAGAACCUGACUUUGGUGCAGCUUUCGAUGGUGAUGGGGAUCGAAACAUGAUCCUCGGGAAGCACGGCCUCUUUGUUAGCCCGUCUGACUCUGUGGCCAUCAUUGCUGACAACAUCUUUUGUAUCCCAUACUUUCAGCACAGAGGGGUGAGGGGCUUUGCCCGCAGCAUGCCCACAAGUGCAGCCUUAGACAGAGUAGCCAAGGCAACAAAAAUAGAGCUAUAUGAAACUCCCACUGGGUGGAAGUUCUUUGGAAACCUCAUGGAUGCAGGUCGACUGUCUUUGUGUGGAGAAGAAAGCUUUGGAACAAGUGGAGACCAUAUUCGCGAAAAGGAUGGGCUUUGGGCUGCGCUGGCGUGGCUGUCCAUCCUUGCCACACGAAGACAAAGUGUGGAAGACAUACUUAAAUACCAUUGGCUAAAAUAUGGAAGAAACUACUUCACCAGAUAUGAUUAUGAGAACAUAGAUAUUGAUGCAGCCUGUGAAAUGAUGGAGGAUCUCGAGAUCAUGAUUGCAGACAAAUCAUUUGUGAAGCGGCGAUUUGCAGUGGAAGACAAAAUCUACCAAGUGGAAAUGGCAGACAAUUUUGAAUACACAGACCCAGUUGACAGCAGUAUCACACGAAACCAGGGUCUAAGGAUCAACUUCUCUGAUGGCUCUCGGAUCAUCUACAGACUCAGUGGUACAAGUAGUGGUGGGGCCACAGUUCGAAUCUACCUGGAAAGCUAUGAGAAGGAACAUGUCUUUGAAGAGACACAGGUAGUGCUGUCACCGCUGGCUACAAUUGCUAUCAAGAUUUCCCAGCUUCAUCACAGGACUGGUCGAACUGGUCCAUCAGUCAUCACAUAACCAAACCCGCCAGUUGCUUUUAUUUUAAACAUGAACUUUCUAUUUCAAGUUUUUAUUCUAAAGUGGCAACAAAACAUGUCUUUCAAUUUGAGGCAACAGUAUUAUGAUUGCACGUGACUGUGCCACAUUAAACAGCUCUUUAUUUUUGGUUUGA